UUCUUUCCCAUCAUGCUUUGUACGAAGAGGCGGAAGUUUUGCACUUUUUGUGAGUUUAACAAACCAUGGACCUGCAAAUGCGUGUUUCUCGUGUUUGAUAUUACAACGCGAUUGAGUGUUGUUUAAGCUGUCAAUGAUAAUGGAGCGGAAUGAAUGCUCCACCGAGGAUGUGGAUGGAGACAGGAGCGGAUCGUCCGCCGCAGGUUCGCCGGAGAUGGACCGCAACCCUUCUCCUCCUCCAGAGGAAGAUGAACCCAAGGCCAGUGAGGAGGCAGAUGCCAUUGGGGAGACAGUGUACAGCAAACACUGGCUCUUCAGCACCCUGACCCGCCUUAUUCAGAUGGUGUCAGAUGAAGAAGGUGAGCAGGGUGAUGCUUCAGUGGUGUUGCCAGAAGAGCUGGAAGAAGACUUGUGUAAAGUGUGGGACAUGGCUAUGGAUAUGGAUGUGUCUGCUUUUCUACAAGAGUUCAAGGCUCCAGACAUUUUAUUGGGUGUGAUCGCAAAGUCGCAUAAUCCACGUCUCACUGAAAUCUGCGUUGGAAUUCUGGGUAAUAUGGCUUGUUUCCAUGAAACUUGUAUAUCUCUCAGCCAGAACUCUGACCUUGGUGCUGUAUUACUGCUGCUGCUCGGUGACAAUGAUCCUCCGACCAUAUUAGAAACAUGCAGGCUGCUGCUAACCUGUGUCUCUCAGCCCGCUGUCGCCUCUCUGUGGCUAAACCGGAUACAGCAGCAACCAGCAGUGUGUUGCAGUUUCUGUUUCAUAAUGAGCAGUUCAACGAACGUGGAUUUGCUGGUUAAGGUUGGGGAGCUGGUGGAUAAGCUCUUUGAUGAGGAUGAGGAGCUGAUGAAGAGUUGGGUGUCUGUGCCAAGUGAGAAUGACCCAAAUGAGGACGCGCAGCAGGACAUCGCCUCUUCUCUGCUUGAGGCGGCAACCCACCUUAGGUCAGAGAGUCCAGAGGGACUUGAAGUAUAUCUCCAUUCACUCCAGCUUCUUACAACGGUAGAAGAGGGCAUGCAGGCCCUGGUUGGAGGGUGUGGUCACGCCGUCUGGGGGUUUUUGUGCAAGGUUGUGUGUGAGGACUUAUGCCAACCGGACGACCCGCCGCUCAUUCUACAGGAGCAGAAACCUCUCCUCGCGCCAGCCCUCGCAGUGUUGUCUGCUUUACACUCCGGCCUGCAUGCAGAUAUCAGUGCAGAAUUAAUAGGAAGUGUUCUUCGUGUUUUGCAUUUCUAUGCUGAGUACCGUCAAAGUCGGAUGGGUGGAAAUUCAGAAUCGGAAGAAAAGGAUGCACAGCUCAAGGCUUUAGUCGAAACCACAGCCGAGUUCCUUGCUGUCGUGCUUAUGGAAAUACCUGAGGAUCUCUUAUCUUCUUUUGUCAAGGGAGGACAUCUGACAGAGAAGAACUGUGUUUCUGCUGUCCGCGCUCUUUUACCGCAGCACAGUUCAGUGGUGCAGCACCUGGUCUCUCGGUUGUCAGAGGUGGAACCUAAACUGGCAGAUAUGAUUAAGAAGGAUUUUUUAGUUUCAUCCAAUGCGUCAAGUUGAACUGGCCCAGACACACUUUUUGACGAUAGAUGUAACAAAAAUGUUAUUUAUGGUAAACAGAUAUUUCCUUAAUGAACUGUUUGUAUCAUCUAUGUGUUUUUGACCUUUGAUGUUUUUUAGUAAACUCUACAUUUUUUUAGUAAACCUGUUUUGC